AUGAUGUUGAGAAACUCUGCGCCGUGGGCGUUCUUGACGGUGGCCAUAGGUCCAGCUGCUGCUCAGUUUGAUAACUGGCAGGAUGGCCAGAUCAGCACGGGAAUAUGCACAUGGCAGCAACCAAGAGCAAUCAUGAUCCGCGAUAUGGUUUAUCUUGAUGGCGGCGAUAUUACAUGGCAUGCCAAAUUGAAUGAUGGGAAAACAGUCACAGGCCUCGAUUCAGGUAACAAUGCCGGGAUCAUCCUCAAUUUCAACAUGAGCACUCCUUUUAACUCAACUACCAAUGUGACUGGCAUUCUUCUAGACAAACCAGCCAUGUCUAAAGCUCGUGGAGGUUCGGGUAACAGCAAUGGCGCUGCACCCAACUUUGUCGAUGGCGCCCUUCUCGGCAACGACGCAGAGUUCUUCCUCUACGGCGGUGACCUUCUAGAAAACAGUGACCUAUACGAAUCUCCCCCCAAGGACGAGAUUUUGGGAUAUCAGGCCUAUCAAUAUGGGCCAGAUAAACCAACAUGGAAGCCAGGUUUUGUUGACAAAAAGCUGGACAAGGGCAUCACUCGAUACGUUGCCUAUGGAGGAGCUACGAACGUGCCAUCGGAGAAUCUCGCAUUUUACUUCUCUGGUUUGCGGUCGCCGUCGAAGGGAGAGUUCUUCACGAAUGACCCCGAAAAGAAGGCCACCAACGUCUCCGAUACCCUGAUUACCUUGAACCUCGAAGAGCAAUUAUACGAAACAUGGUCCAACACAACACUGGAUAAGGUCAAAGGUCGUGCUAAUGCAGAAGUCGUCUGGGUUCCUGUGGGAAAGAAGGGUAUUCUCGUCGUCUUGGGCGGCGUUGUUUAUCCCCAAUGGGCGGGACGAAGUGGCAAAUCUGCGAACGAGGCAGAAAGUAAGAAGCAGAGCCCCGAAUUCAUGCAGACUAUUGAUAUCUACGACAUCGAUAAGAACAAGUGGUAUCAACAAGAAACCGAGGACGGUCCAGGAGCACGAACACGAGGAUGCGCCGUAGUGGCUACGGCUUCAGACCGUUCAAGUUUCAACAUCUUCUACUACGGCGGCUUCGACGGUAUCAAUGUGAAAGACUCCUUUAGUGAUGAUGUUUGGGUGCUCUCUCUACCCUCUUUCACAUGGAUCAAGAUCAAUGAGGGGAAAUCGAUCCAUGGUCGCGCCGGACAUAAAUGCUUCAUGCCAUACCCUGACCAAAUGAUGGUCUUUGGUGGCUACACUCCCCUUGCAGGAACCUCAAUCACUUGCCUUGACAAAGGUCCAGUGGUUAACUUCAAUGUCACCAGUGGAGAAUGGUUGGAAGGAUAUGACCCUAACGAAUACAGCGACUAUGGCGUUCAUGAGAAGAUUCGAUCCGAGAUUGGAGGUGACGCUGCAGGCGGUGCAACGGCUACUGCCCCUGCGGGUGGCUGGUCGACUUCUGCCCUUGAAGAUCUCUUUGGCACAGAAUACGACACGAAGAAGAUCGAAGAAUACUGGCCCUACAACAAAGCCGUUUCUACAGGAAGACCUAAGAUCGACAGCCCCGAUGGUAGUGACAACAGUGGAAGCGAUAGUGGCGGCUCUGGCCUCCCUAAGUGGGUUGCGCCAGUCUUGGGUGUCGUUCUCGGUCUUAUGCUUGUCACUGGUAUCUUGGUCGUCUUUUGCCUUUGGCGUCGUCGCAAGAUCUUCAAGAACCGUACCAGCGACUAUGGAACUGAAAAUCCAGAGUCACGAAUCCGAUCAUGGAUUCGAGGUCAAAAUAACGAGAAGGCUCCCACGGUCACUACUGACGAGACCCCUGCAAGCCCGGGCACCGAGAUGGCCUCUACCGUACAAGCUGUUGGGUUGUCACCCUCCCCGGCGGUCGCUCAAGCUCAUACAUUGUCCCCUGCUGAGGUAGCUGACACUCAGAUCCAUGAAAUGCCUGAUACAUCACGGCCAACUGAGCUUCACGAUACAGGCCUCUCGCCCAUCGAUAUCAUACAGAAGUACUCUCAUUUCGCUUCCGAUAGCAAAACCCAGUCUAUGUCUAACCCCUCCAGCAACUCAUACUCCUUUGGUCCCGAGCACGCGAGCACCAUUUCUAGGUCGACUGGACCACAGAUGUCUCAGCCUGACUCUCCUACCGCUGGUCAUCCUGGCCAUACUCGCAUGACAUCUGAUGUGUCUGGGGUGACAGAAAACAGCGGUAAGCCACCUCGCGUGGCAUCCGACGUAUCUGGUAUUUCUGAAGGUGACGCUUCUGCACUUCGAAACUUCACCAGCCCUGUGAGUCCCAGGACCGACGAUGGCAGCAUGCCUUCGCCGCCGUUUCCUGGCAUGACAGCGGAUAUUCUUCCUUCUCCUCCCGCAGACCCCACACCCACGUCACCUCCUCUUGACACAGCAGUGUCUCCUGUCCCAGUUUCUCCUCCCAGUGCCAACGAGGCCCCCGGCAGGGACUAUAUUACGGCCAAGGCCUCAGCAAGCCCGAUUCGUAAGAGUAUGUUUAAGGAGAGCGAAGAGGAUAUGGGACAAAGUAAAUAG